AAAACAAAAUUCAAUUCCCUCGAAGAAAGCAUGAUCAUCGAUUCCUUUGAGCUUGCGCAUUUCGCGUCAAAUCUCAAGCGCGGAUUCCUGCGGGAUACGAAAGUUCGCACAGCCAAAGGACCAGUAUAGAUUCACCCCUUGCGGAUACCACAACUGCUUAUCCUUGUGUGACGUUCGGAAAGUUAAGAUAUAUUCUGAAUAAAAUUCAAGUCAAAUUAAUAAAACUACAUAUCUAAGACAAAGUCCAGUCUCACUCAUUUUGUAAAGAGAUUUAAUGACGAUUUAAUUACAUUCAUGACAAUGUUGCUUCUGUUGCUAAUCACUCUUGCGUGUAUCCAUUCGAGUUGGUGCCAACAUGAUGUCUCCUUUGCCGAAAAUGUAGCUUCAAAUGCGGUACAUGUGAUUCCGCUUGGCUCGGAGGCGACUUUCCAUUGGAGAGUGGAUUUAAUAAAUGAAUUAGUGGUCGUGGAAGUUCAUUAUGUCGGCAACGAUAGCAACGAUUGGUUCGCAAUUGGAUUUUCUGAUUAUGGAGAACAGAAGCCUGCCGAUUACUGUGUUUUGUGGCCCGAUUGGCAUCAACAAGUUCAUCUUCAAGACUCAUGGGCAGACAUUGAUGGGAAAUUACACCUGGAUACCCAGCAGGACUGUGAGAAUUUUGCGUGGAGAAGACGCGGCAAUAUCACAAAAUUCACGUUCUCUCGCAAAUUUGAUACAUGUGAUGAGCAUGAUUAUAUUAUUGAAAGAGGUACUACACAUCUUGUAUGGCUUCGCGGCCGCGGACCACUGUCCUCUUUGGCCGGCCUCGAGAUUUCAGACGCGAAAGCGUCAGGCAUGUCUCGCACGGAAUUGCGCAGGGUAUCCCAUAAGAAGCCCAAGUUCCCUACGAACGCUUGGCGGCUCGAAUUACUCGCCCAUCGAGUUCAAGUACCAAAGCAGGAGACCACCUACUGGUGUCGCGUGCAUAAACUGCCGGCAGUACUGAAACAAAAACAUCAUAUUCUACAAUUUGGUCCCGCCAUCCAAGCAGGUAACGAACAUCUUGUACAUCACAUGGAAAUCUUUCAUUGUGCUGGUCCUGUGGACCUGGAAGUGCCCAUGUAUGACGGACCCUGCGACGGAGCUGAUAGACCGGAAAAAACACAGAUCUGCAAGAAAGUUUUGGCAGCAUGGGCGAUGGGUGCGGAUGCGUUUAUAUAUCCAGAAGAAGCUGGUCUAUCCAUUGGUGGGAUUGAUAACAAUCCGUACGUCAUGUUAGAGGUGCAUUACAAUAAUCCCGAGCUGCAUCAAGGCGUCAUCGACUCUUCUGGGAUCCGCUUUAUUCUUACCAAGAGUCUCAGAAAGUAUGACGCUGGCGUAAUCGAGUUGGGACUUGAAUACACUGAUAAAAUGGCUAUACCUCCAGGGCAGGAAGCUUUUACACUGUCCGGACAUUGCAUAACCGAAUGCACCGGAGUCGGACUGCCACAGAAUGGCAUUCGCAUUUUCGCUUCUCAACUGCAUACACAUCUAACAGGCACCAAAGUCAUUACCCGUCAUGUGAGGGAUGGCGAAGAGCUGCAACCAUUAAACUAUGACAAUCAUUAUUCCACUCAUUUCCAAGAGAUUAGACUAUUACCGAAACCGGUUACCAUUCUACCUGGAGAUUCCCUGAUAACUACAUGCACUUAUAACACUAUGAAAAGAGAUAACGUGACUCUUGGCGGCUUUGCUAUAUCUGACGAGAUGUGCGUCAAUUACGUUCAUUACUACCCAAAUGCGCGAUUAGAGGUGUGCAAGAGUGCGAUAAGUGACGAUGCUUUGCGAACGUACUUUCGUUAUAUGCGAGAAUGGGAAAAUCAAGGGACUAGCACAGAGAAAGGUAUUUCAGCAAAUUACAAAAGCAUCGAAUGGACCAAGAUCCGCGUGGAAGCCCUUCACGAUCUUUACGAAGCUGCACCUUUAGGAAUGCAGUGUAAUGGGUCCGAUGGUUCUCGAUUACCUGGCUUAUGGGACAAUAUCGCAGCGACACCCGUUAGAUUGCCUUUGUCACCUCCAGCCAGAGAUUGCGUGAAACCUUCGCUAGAGCAAGAGAUCUUAGAUCAAAUGUAAAGCUUAACUGUUUGAUUUCAAAAUUAUUUUUAAUUAUUCAAUCAUGCUGUUAUGUUAAAAUUUUGAAUGAGCAAACAAGAAAUUAAAAUUCUAGUCUAGAACAUAAACUACAAGUUUAACAUUACCUGCUUAGAAAUUUCUCCAAAUAAAACUUGUGACAUUUACUCUAA